AUGCUUCAAGAUACAGGCCUUAGGCUGUUAGCUUUUAAUAAGCGGGAAACGCCACAGCUUCAGGAUUCUGGCACGUUCCCGGGAGAGCGCGCCCCGGGCAACCCGCUGCUCUGCGCGCUCCUGGGACGCCAGGGGCCCGCCGCGCAGAACCGGGGCGCCGAGCCGCAGCCGCCACCCCACGGGGAGCUGCAGUACCUGGGGCAGGUGGAGCACAUUCUGCGCUGCGGGUUCCGGAAGGAGGACCGCACCGGCACCGGCACGCUGUCGGUGUUCGGCAUGCAAGCGCGCUACAGCCUGAGAGAUGAAUUUCCUCUACUGACAACCAAGCGUGUAUUCUGGAAGGGUGUUUUGGAGGAGUUGCUGUGGUUUAUCAAGGGAUCUACAAACGCUAAGGAACUGUCAUCCAAGGGAGUGAAAAUCUGGGAUGCCAAUGGAUCCCGAGACUUCUUGGACAGCCUAGGAUUCUCCAACAGAGAGGAAGGGGAUUUAGGUCCCGUUUAUGGCUUUCAGUGGAGGCAUUUUGGAGCAGAAUACAAAGAUAAGGACUCAGAUUACUCAGGUCAAGGAGUAGACCAACUGCAAAAGGUGAUCGACACAAUCAAAACCAACCCCAGUGACAGAAGAAUCAUCCUGUGUGGUUGGAAUCCAAAAGAUCUUCCUCUGAUGGCCCUACCUCCGUGCCAUGCCCUUUGCCAGUUUUAUGUGGUGAACGGGGAGCUGUCCUGCCAGCUGUACCAGAGGUCAGGAGACAUGGGCCUGGGUGUGCCCUUCAACAUCGCCAGCUAUGCCCUGCUCACCUACAUGAUUGCACACAUCACAGGCCUGAAGCCAGGUGACUUCAUACAUACUUUGGGAGAUGCACACAUUUACCUGAAUCACAUUGAGCCACUGAAAAUACAGCUCCAGCGAGAACCAAGGCCUUUCCCAAAGCUCAGAAUCCUUCGAAAAGUUGAGACAAUUGAUGACUUCAAGGCUGAAGACUUUCAGAUUGAGGGGUACAAUCCUCACCCGACUAUUAAAAUGGAAAUGGCUGUUUAAAGUGCUUAUAAGGGAGGUAUUAGGAAGAUACUCAUUCUUUAGGGAUUAGACUGAAUGCCCGGAUGAAAGGUCUUUUACCCUAAAGGAAGAAGGAACUAGGUCAGAAGUCUGUUGGUGACCAGCAGUUACACUUUGUUAGCUUUUAAGGAUGGUAUCACUGGCAAACAGUUCUCUUAGUAACAAAAGACCUUGAGUCUAAUUUCAAGAAUUACAUGAAUGCUAUUCCCCCAAAUUUGAGCAAGCAGAAUAACACCAGCAUUCACGAUAAUGUACAGUUGUAGUUAUGAACAUUCAGAGUUACUUGCCUUAUAUAUUAUUAUAAUAAAGGAUGUUGUACAUUCA